GUUCUCGACAGUAGAGAGGGCGCGCCCGUAGACGUUGCUGCUCAGGCUUCAAGAUGGCGGAAGCCCUGACAACUCAAGAGGAGGUGGCGGUGGAGGAGUUCCUGGCUGAGCUGAGGUGUCGGGAACAGUCUCAGAAUGCAGAUCUUGUCAGUCAGAUGACGGCAGUUAAGUUCCUCAUGGCAAGAAAGUUUGACGUCUCCAGAGCCAUAGACCUCUUUCAAGCUUAUAAGAACACCAGAAUAAAGGAAGGUAUCUACAAUAUUAACCCAAAUGAGGAGCCUUUAAGAAGCGAGUUACUCAGUGGGAAAUUUACAGUUCUGCCCGGUCGUGAUGCGAAAGGUGCAGCUUUGGCACUUUUUACAGCACGUCUCUAUCGGCCAGACAUCACUACCCAUAAGGCUGUUCUUCAGGCCAUUAUAUAUCAGCUGGACAAGGCCAUUGAGAGCGUUCAGACACAGAGAGAUGGGCUCAUUUUCAUCUAUGAUAUGACUAACUCCACAUAUGCCAAUUUUGACUAUGAGCUUUGCGUCAAGAUUUUGAAUCUGCUUAAAGGGGCUUUCCCUGCUCGUCUGAAAUGUGUCUUCAUUGUGUCGUCUCCGCUGUGGUUCAGAGCACCGUUUGAGGUGCUUCGUCUGUUUGUGAGAGAGAAACUGAGAGAGAGGGUGUGCACUGUAAAAGCCCACGAAUUGGUCAAUCACAUCCCGGUCAGCUCUCUUCCAGAACAUUUGGGUGGCUCAUCACAGUACAGUCACAUUGCUUGGAUCCAGUCCUGCGUCAACUCCAGCCCCAACCACCCUAAUAACUCGCCCUACGUCACUGCGGAUUGCUUGGGCAGCCUGCUCCGCUCCUACUCCAUGGAGCAUGGCCAGAACACUUCAGCAGACCCCUUAACUGCCAAUACUUCAGGGGCCACCCUCCUGGGGGACGGACUGAACUCAAACUGCCCCAUUCUGGAUGACGGAAAUGCCAAUCUGCAGAACCACAGGACAGCAGGACAUGCGCAUUGGAACGGCUCUGUACUGCCAGGUUCAGGGGGAAUCUCGGGGUCCAAUGCCAAUGUCGUCAAUGGGCGUGGCCGGCAACCACCACCACAGUCAGACACGCCCCCUGACACACCCCUGCAUCAAAAACACACAGCUGGUGCCAUUGUACCAGGAGGUGGUGGGACUGUGGGUAUGGAAGGUGCAUGUUUGGAUGACAGGCAGGAUGGCAAUGGUGCUGAGGACAGCCUACAGGAUGUGGAGUUUCUAGAAGAGGAAGUGGACGGGGAGAGCGUUCCACCCCUCCCAUUGAAAUCAAGGCCGCCGCCUCUCCAUCACAGCUCCUCCCCGGAUAUGAGCUGGUUACCGGGAACGGAAACGGCUGCUUUGUCGGUGCACAUGGCAGAGCCGGGCGGAAUGAGCUUGCAGGAUCUGGUGCAGCAUGUGAAACGUAAAAAGAAGAAGGGCAUUUAUCAGGAGUACGAGGAGAUCCGCAAAGAACCUCCUGCUGGGACCUUUGACUACUCCAAGAAAGCCUCUAACCAGAUAAAGAAUCGCUACAGCGAUGUCCUUUGCCUCGACCAAUCACGUGUUCGACUCUGUCAGCUCAACAAUGAGGAUGAUGAGACAUCUGACUACAUAAAUGCAAGUUUCAUGGAUGGUUACAAGAGGAGCAAUGCCUACAUCGCUACUCAGGGGCCUUUGCCAAAAACAUUUGGAGACUUUUGGCGAAUGGUGUGGGAGCAAAUGGUUUUAAUAAUUGUUAUGACUACAAGAGUUGUAGAGCGAGGCCGAAUGAAAUGCGGCCAGUACUGGCCAUUAGAGGCUGGUCGUACCGAGAAGUAUGGGUACUUUUUGGUGAGAAAUGUCCAUAUUGAGAUGUUUCAGGACUUUAAGCUAUCACACCUGGAGCUCUUCAACACUCAGACCGGGGAAUGUAGGGAAGUGUCUCAUUAUCUGUACAUGAGCUGGCCAGAUUUUGGUGUUCCGAAAUCAGCGUCAGCCAUGUUAGAUUUCCGGGCACACGUGAAACAGAGACAAGAGUCCUCAUUACAAACACUGUAUCCUGAUUGGACGGGGCCUCCAGGAGGCCCCCCAGUGGUGGUGCACUGCAGCGCAGGCAUUGGCCGAACAGGCACGUUUUGUACUUUAGACAUUUGUCUCUCUCGUCUGGAGGACAUCGGGACAGUGGACAUUAAGCAGACGGUGCGUCGAAUGCGGACGCAGCGUGCCUUCAGCAUCCAAACGUGGGACCAGUACUACUUUUGCUACAAAGCAGUGAUCGAGUACGCCCAGCAGAGCGGCCUGCUGCAGCCAGUGGAGUGGUCCGACACCGAGCUGGAAACCGACAGCGAGUGAAUCAGGAAAAACAGAACUCGCACCAGAGGGCGCAAAAGGCACGGAAGGAAAAGAAGCCGUCUUUUUCGCCUCUCUUGGAUACAGGUAGACUCCACCGCCGAGGAAGGAGCGGAGGAUGCUUUUGUCCUGCCACUUUUCAAGCCCUUCUUUUGCUCCGAUCCAGACGAGAUCGGAGAUAGUGGCUUGAUGUAUGAGUUGUAGCAUUUUUUUGUUUUUUCGUUUUUAUAUAAAUACUGACUUGCACAUGUGGAAUGACAAACUUGAAAAAUCCAGUUUAUCGUAUUACCUGCUCUUUUUUUAUGCUCAGUGUUGUCGAAAUUCAAUAUCACUCAACUUGGGGGUUAAAUACACACUUUUUAUCAAAAGUGUAAAAAACAUAAAACUUGAAUACUUUUUUUAUUUUUUAUUUUUUUUUGGUCACGUUCAAAUAGCAACUUCUUUGUGUCUGAACAGGUUUCUUGUACUUCAUCGUUAAACUAAUCUUCAAGCCAAAGGUAUGGUGUCGAAUGCUUGGAUGUAUCCGUAAUGAUCGGUGUGACUUAAACCCUUGUACAUCUUGUAACAUACAUUUAUAUAUUGUGCAUAACAACCUUUGAAAAGCCUUGUUUUAAUAUAAUACUCUUAACUUUCUUCAGAAUUGUGUAUCUAUAUAUAAAUAAAAAAAAAAAAACAUAUAUAUGGAUAUGUUGGGUUAAAACAAUAUGAAUAAGGAGGAACACAACUAUGUGCUAUAUUAAAUUUUUAUAUAUAUAUAUAUAUAUAUAUAUAUAUAUAUAUAUAUAUAUAUAUAUAUAUAUAUAUUUUAAUGUGCAUAAAUAUAUGUAAGGUAUAUCUUGGUGACUGUUUUGGUCCUGCAGUUUUGAUUUUUUUUCAUCUAACCGUAAUCCAUGAUUAUCCAGCCUUAAUGCAGGCCGUCUGUCAUUCGCAGAGCAUCUUAACUGUGAAGAUUCUCUUUGAAUUCUGGACCUUAACCUUCAAUCACUGCCUUGCUCCCUCUAAAGUAUGAACUUUAGGUCUUUUGUUAUUUCUGCUUUUUUUUUUAAAUCUCCUUCCUCUGCGGGCCUCCAGUUGAAGUAUCCUGACCCACUCGGACACUGAUUCUGUUACCGUGAUUAUCUUAAGUGUUCCGUACUGAUGUGAAGUUUUGGAGUCAUUUGUUACGAGUGAACUGGGGUCUUCAGCUGUACUGUGUGUGUGUGUGUGUGUGUGUGUGUGUGUUUGAAGUCUUGGGGUGAGAGAGCCCCAGAUUUUGUGCCUUCAAGUUUUCCGUAGCGCAAUGUGUAGUUUCAGGCAAUGAGUAGAACAACUGGUCUCACAUGCAUAUAGGGAAUUUAUUUUAAUCUCAGGGGUAUACUUGGUGUUUUCCUGCUCUCAAAAACGUCAUUUGCCUCUCUGGUAAUUAUCAUUUCCAAAAAAACGAACUUAAAAAAAAAAAAAAGAAAAAACGUGAAAGACAAAAAACAAAGUAUACAAAUUUUAUUUCAAAUUUUAUACAGCAUCUUGUAUUAUAUUCUGUUUUAUUUAUGCCUUUGUAGAACUCCAGCAGUAUUGAAAUUUGAAUGUUGGUACGAAAAAAUGAACAGAUACUAUUUUAAACAGAUAAGCUAAAGAAAUCAAACCAUGUAACAAAAGACUGAUCUUUUUUUUUCUUUUUUUUUUCUCCCCCCAUUCAGUUCAGUGUGGAAUUAUGUUACUCAUCAUUGUGUUUAAUGAUAAAAUCUGUUAUUUUUCCAGAUGCCUGUAGCAGAACUUUUUUUUCAUACUCUGUGAACUGUUAAAGGGCCAAGACUGAAACACGUUACCGAUCAGCAUGGCUGCCACUAACAGUUUUUAACUAUUUGCCAAUGAAAAGACAAGACAGGUUUUACAUGUAAGAAAACCAAAAAGGAAAAAAAACAGGAUAUGAACUUGAAUGUUAUGAUUAGAUAUAAAAAAAAAAAUCACGUCAUCUUUGGGAGAACUUUGAAUGCUUUCUCCUUGAAUAUCAGUGCUUGUAUGAUGACAGAUGGUAGUGAAUGUGUGAACGUCUCACUCAUCUAAUGUUUACUUGUUGACUGACUUAUCCAAUGCAGGUGUGCAGAAUGUGCUUGACUGUUUUAUACAGCUGAUUCCUGCUUGAAUGAGACUAAGUGGAAGAGACGCACUUGGCUCUGAUUUAUUAAAGCAGUCGGGAAUGCGAUGUGAGUGUUUUUACUUUUUUUUUUUUUUCUUCUUCUUCCUCCUCCUCCUCGUGAUUGAGUAAUGGCCUUUUUACCCGACAUCUGCAGUAGUGUCGUAGUAAACAUGAAUAUUAUUCUGAAACUGAGCAUGUGUUUGUGUGUUAAAAUGAGGUGAAACGAGAACUGAAACGUGAAACAAUGACUGUAUUGAAAUAAUAUAUAACCAUUGUCAAAGGAGUGAUUUCUUUCAGAAUUGGCUGCAGUUUGGUGUUUGUUUGAGCCGAGCAGCGCAUUGCUUUGUACUGGUCUCACUUCGGACCCGAUUGCUGAUUUGAAAAGCUUCGUGCACAAACGUGGUAAACGGUUUUGAUUGGCAAAACAAUCAAAGUGAGAUUUGUUUGGGUGCAAUUUUCCAGCAGAAAAUUGCACAAGAGUUCUAAAGUGGUUUUGUGCUUUAUACUUCAUUAGGUGAAUGUGUUUCUCAGCUUCUGUGAGGCCCUAUAAAAGUGACUGGAAUUAAUAUAAAAAUCUCACCAGCACUCCAGACGUUGUUAAACUAAAAUAUACCCAUAUAUCUAAUUUAACUAACUACAUAAGGAACAAAUGGCUGGUAUGUAGUGCUGAAAUAGUUUAAUGGCAAUUAAUAGUUAUACAUUAUAUUCUUUACCUUAAACUUCACGCGAAAUAUAAAGCAAAAAUGUUAUUCCAUUUUUAAGAUCGUCUUAAUUGCAUUUUUUUUUUAUGUUGUCAAGUAUGCUCAAUUAAACCGUGCGCUAGGGGACGCUAAUAUCUAGGGUUUUGGAAAAGCUAAUUGGCUGAUGGCCAAAAAUGAGAUGAAAUUCUCAUAGUGCUGAUAGUAAAUCAAUGCUAUCAUAUAACAGUAUAGCAGGCUACUUGCAUAAAAUGCAUAGAAAUAUCAGUUCACAAUAAUGUCAUGACAUAAGAUGCUUAGUUUUAAAACCAUACCUUGAAAGAGAGAUUUACAAAUAGUUCUUUUUUGAAGGCCUUGUGCGCCAUAUUUGAUACAUUUUAACAUGAUUUAUAAAACAAGUAUGCAUUCAAGUACAUCCAAGUUGCUUUAUUUUAAAGUAGCACUAGUAAUUUAAAAUGAACCCUUUCACUUAUAAUUAUUAUUGUAACUUGUUUUUAAAGGUAAAAUAAUUCUAAAAAGUGUAAGCUAUCCAUCAAAAGGCCUUCAAAUAGUUUUCUUCCUAUCUUUCAGCAAAGUUACAAUAAUACUGCUCGUUCAAAAGCCUUAAUUUGUGCAUCAAAUAUGAUAAAUAUUUUUUCCUGAUUAUUUUUGCUGCUCAAUAAAUAAUGACUCGUUGGACUAUUCUUACUAUUUUAUUUGUAACAAAUAAAACUUUUCCAAUACAAUUGUAUUCUCACACAUCUGUCCUUACAACAUAAAGUAGGAAAAUUAAAAAAAGAAAACAUCCUCUGAAAUAUUUACAUUUACUACAAAAUCAGAGGUAAAAGAUUUCCCUUUUGUGUUUCACAUUAAUUGAUGGGUGAAAUUGUAAAACCACUCACAACAUUCGACGAUAUGAAAAUGGUGAUACAAUGCAUAUUUGGUCAGAUUACAUGAUAUAGAUUGUGCUAGUUUAUUUUUCACAUGAAACAAUGUCAUGAUUCAUCAAAAUCUGAUGGUGCCUUUGCAUCUGUACAAAUGGGGGACUGUCAUGCACUGGAAAAUAGAUGAUUUAUUUAUUUUUUUCUCCUCAAAACACUGACAGGUUAGCAUAGAAUUUCCCAUCAAACAAAUGCUAAUUGAUAUCCUCUUGAAAAUAUAAGCAUAGCUAGUUUCAACGAAAGUUGAAAUUUGAAAAACCCUGAAACUUGGUUGUAAAGUCUAACAGAUACGGAGAAGGUAGAUCAUGGAAGAUUUGCAUGUUAGGUUUCAAAUACAAAACUGACUUAAUAAAAAAUAAAAUACACAAAGACGAAGAUGCUGCAAAGAAAGGAAAACAUUUCUUUACACUGAACGUAAAAAUGAGCUGAAGUUCGCAGUGACCAGACUUUCUUGGAGUUACUAAAUGAUGACUAUUACCACUGGACUAGAAGGAAAACCACUCGUAUUAAACCACCCUGUCGUCUAAAGUUUUCAACGAUAACAAUACGCACAUAUUGUCUUAAGCUUUGGAACCAAAACUUGUGUUUCUCUUAACAUGCACACACUGUGAAAUUCAUCUCAUUCGAUACAAAUAACAUUCUGUGUUGAAGAAAUAGUAAGGGUUAGUGCAUAGAACAAGAGUGCAGUCGUAUCCAAAACUGGAACCACGCGGCCGUUACGGCCCGCGAUAUUGACGCAGACGCAACAGAGCCGUUUCCAUGUGCAAGUUUGUUCCCAAAGUUGUAGAUCUAAUUUCUCAUGCAAUGCUUUAUGAAUCAAAAUCUGGGCGUCAAACUUAUAGCGUAAAGUCUUUUAAAACGUUCAUUUAGCUCGGCUAGCUCUGGCUUUUAAAAUCCACUUGGAAAAAAGUUCUCUUUGUUGACGUUAACGCGCUAACAUCAUCGAUACUAUCACAAGAACGCAGACAUUAACAGUUAGAAAUGCACGUUUCCUGCAGCGGCAUGGACCGAAAGUGAGAAAACUAUUUCCUGUUCUAUGCUCCGUUACAAUGUCAAAUACAAAUCAUUUAGAAUAUAAUCGCUAUUGUAUAUAUGUAAUGGAAUAUGUGGUUCUCUUGGCCCAAUAUAGAUACAAUAAAUGCGUGUCCUCUCAAAAAUGGACACAUAUUGGCUUUCAGUUAUAUAAUUGUCUAGUCAUCUUGGCAGUACUUCACUUGAAUGGACGAACCACCCUGGUACUUAAAAUUGGUCUUGGUGUGAAAUAUACUACGUAUUAAAAUUCACUCUGGAGGAUG